AUGGCCAAAAGGAAAGCGGCUGUGAAUGAUAUCAUUUAUGAAUUGGACAAUGAGGACAUCGUUCUCAGUAGUGAUGAUGAGGUUAAAACACCCAAAAUAAAUCGUUUGGAUACGAUAAACAGUACAAUCACUAUCUUAGAUGACAAAGAAGUUAAAAUAGACAAUAGUUUAGAUGUAAAUAAUAUCGAUAAAUCACUCGAAGACGGUAAAAUCGCAGCGGAAGCGACAGUGCACAAUGGAGGGAAAAUUACGACUGACUUAUCAAUUAACGAUACUCCAAAGGAUAUUGAUUCCGUAUGCACUCCAAAAGAUACUAGUUCUAAGGGUGAAGACGAAGUGGAUAGUGUAAAAAAAAUAAAUAGUGAGGGUUCUAAAACCACAAUAUUUAACGAGGAUAUAGUUAUAGACUCGCCGGGUAACAGCGACUUAGGCGUCGAAGGCUGCGAAAAUCGGACUCCCUUAGUUACAGUACGAUUUAAGGAUAGUAAGAUGGCGGGUAUAUACAAGGAUAAGGUGAAAGCAUUUAUGAUAAAACUUAUAAAAAUUCAUGAAGGGGUCACUGAAGGAAUGAACACUGAAACUGACAUUGAACUAGAUAUCUGGCCUGAGGACUUGAAUGAUAGUGAAGCACUCAACAAUACUUCUGAGAUCUCAGAAGAAAGUAGCCUAUUCUUCAUAGACACUGACCCCUGUGUGGACCGGCCAAAUAUAGUUCCUAGAUACAGACAGGCUACAACACUCAUAUCAAAUACUCCUGAGAAGGAAGCUUCACCUCCGCCAUUGAGAAGAGGACCAACAUGCUUCAAUUGUGAUGGUGGCCAUCAGCUCAGAGACUGCACUCUACCCAGAGACCAUGCUAGAAUAGCAGAGAAGAGGAAGGCUAUGAAUUCAUCUAGAGUUGGACGAUACCACGUAGAAGAUGAACAGAAAUAUGGACAUCUAAUACCUGGUAGAAUAUCAGGACAAUUGCGUCAUGCUCUGGGGCUGAAGAGAAACGAAUUACCGCUGCAUAUUUACCGAAUGAGGUUACUGGGGUACCCGCCUGGCUGGUUAGAAGAAGCCCGGAUAUCACAUUCUGGUAUCUCCAUGUUUGAUUCAAUGGGUAAUGCUAUACAGGACCCAGAAGAGGAAGAGGGUGAGGUGGCUGAACCUGGCAGCAAGGACAAGUUUGACAUCAAGAAGAUAUUGGACUUCCCUGGGUUUAAUGUACCCGCCAGCUCACGGUACAUUGAGGAGUCUCAACAAUUCGGCUUACCACCGAUGUCGGAGCAGGACAGCAAGAUGGCGAUGCUUCAGUACCUGGCCCCGAACGCUAUGAAAGCUUACAAGCGCAAAAAACUAACGUUCUUCCCAUCAGCAUCCACUAACACCACGCUCGAGGGGCAGGCAGAGAUGGAACUUGAUAGUGGAGAUGAAGUUACACAAUUUCCCUCCAACCCUCCAUUACCGGAUGAAGCGCCGCCCCCUCCUCCCCCUCCUCCAACAACGCCACCACCGCCGCCGCCGCCGCCAGACUCACCACCACUACUACCACCACCACCACCUCCCGAAGACAAAACUGAGAGUUCAGAGGAUGAUCUCCAAGUGGUCGAGGUCCUCAAAGUCGGAGACAUACCAGUGCCAGAGGUUGAUGUCAGCAGUGAGAAGGAGGAUACCAACACCCAGAGCAGUGGACGCAGCAGCCCCACAUUAGACGAUUUAGAAGAAAAGAAACGACUCCUUUUAAGUGCUUUAGAAAGUGAUUCAACUCUAAACACAUCUGUUAUUACUAUACUGGACACGACAGACGAGAAUAUGCUGGAUAAAACAAUAGACGAAACUGUAAAUAUGGACACAGGUAUUGGCGAAGAAAAACAGAAUAAUCAUGACGAUGCUAAAGAAGCAAGUGUAGAGAAUGGUGUCAGCAGUAAAAAGAACACUCAACCUGCCAGCAAUAACAAGGAAACUCCACAAGAACCUUCAAGUGACAAAAUAACAGAAGAAAAUAGACUUGAAGCAAUAUCAGAGCCUUCAACAUCAACUGUCACAGAAAGCAAUGACGAGGAGGUGAACAAAAAAGACAGUACUUCAGAAGUUCCCUCGACACCAGAAUCGAAACCUGGUCAGGUAAAAGAAACGCAAUAUGGUACACCAGUCAUGAACAUAGCUUCCUCGUACCUCAAGCUACCAACAGACGAAAAGUUCGCAAAAGACAUUUGUGACGUCAUCAACUUUGAAAAUUUACCCAACUCGACAGGAAAGUACAAGAAAAUAAGUGCAUUACUUAGAAAAGUUAAGAAUGAAGUGGAUAGGAUACAGGACUCAUGA